AUGACUGUUUCUCAUGACACCAGCAGUCUCCUGUCUAAAGAUCUGCUGCUGUGUCCGAUCUGUGUGGAUGUGCUCACUGAUCCAGUCACCACUCCAUGUGUACACAACUUCUGUAAGAGCUGCCUUACACAGUGCUGGGACAAGAAUAAACACUGUCAUUGUCCAUUAUGUAACAAGAAAUUCACCAAGAGACCUGAACUGAAGAUUAAUACAACACUGAGAGAGAUUGCAGAUUACUUCAAGAAGAAAAGUGGUUCUGACAAACCUGAGGUUCCUUGUGAUGCCUGCAGUGGAGAGAAGCUGAAGGCCUUAAAAUCCUGUCUGGAUUGUGGACUGAGUUUCUGUAAAAUUCAUUUAGAGCCACAUUAUCAUGUUCCAAAACUUAAGAAACACAAACUAAUAAACCCUGUGGAGAACCUGGUGGCCAACAUAUGCCAGAAACACGAGAGAGUCCAGGACCGACUGAAGCAGAUAAGAGAGAUCAAACACUCAGUCGAGCAAAGCAACGUGUGUACAAACAUGACACGAGUUAAUAUCUGAUACAUUCAGUAGUUUUAUUCUUAGUUGUAGAACAAAUUUGUAGAACAACAUCUGCAUGAACAAAGUUCACUAUCAGUGUUCUAUGUAAAAAUGUGUUCCUCCUUUAGAGAAGCACAGAGAAAGAGAAAGCAGACAUUUUUAAA